GGGAGGCUCCAUCUGCCCGACUCUUCCCCUCAGCGGAGUCUCUUCUCCUUUCUCACCACCUCAGUGCUACAGAAUCCCAGUGUGACCAUGUCUGUCAGAGCUGUGAAGACCACCGCCCUCUCCACGGUGUCGUCCUCCAGGGGCCCCACCCAGGGAUACAGCAGCCGCUCAUUCUCUGGCUAUGGUGGCCGGGCAAGGCAGAGCUACGCUGCCCGCACCUCCUAUGGAGGAGUCGGUAGCAGUGGUGCUGCUGUGGGUGUCGCUGGGGGGUUUGGACUGAGAGGAGGCGCAGGGGAUUUUGGCCACCUGGGGUUUGGUGGGGGUAUGGCCAACGAAGUGGUGGCCCCCAUCACAGCCGUGACCGUGAACAAGAGCCUGCUGGCUCCCCUUGAUCUGGACAUCGACCCCACCAUCCAGGCCAUCCGCAUCCAGGAGAAGGACCAGAUCAAGACCCUAAAUAACCGCUUUGCUUCUUUCAUCGACAAGGUGCGCUUCCUGGAACAGCAAAACAAAAUGCUUGAGACCAAGUGGAAGCUUCUGCAGGAGCAGACCACCUCUCGAUCAAACGUCGACGGCAUGUUUGAGGCGUACAUCGGCAACCUUCGAAAGCAACUGGACAACCUGGGUCAUGAAAAACUCAAACUGGAAUCUGACCUGCACCAGACAAAUGGCUUGGUGGAGGAUUACAAAAACAAGUAUGAAGAUGAGAUCAACAAGCGCAACGAGUGUGAGAACAACUUUGUCCUUAUGAAGAAGGACACAGAUGCAGCCUAUAUGGUCAAAGUGGAGCUGGAAGCCAAGUUGGAUGGCCUUUCGGACGAGAUCGAGUUCUUGAGACAGCUCUUCGAUGCAGAAAUUGAGGAGCUGCAAAGUCAGAUCAAGGACAUAUCCGUUGUGGUGGAGAUGGACAAUAGUCGUAAUCUUGAUAUGGACGCCAUUAUUGCUGAGGUGCGCGCUCAGUACGAGGACAUUGCCAACAGGAGCAGAGCGGAGGCAGAAUCCUGGUACCAGAACAAGUAUGCAGAGAUGCAACACUCAGUUGGGAAAUAUGAUAACGACCUAAAGUCCACCAGAGCUGAAAUCGCCGACAUGAAUCGUAGAAUAAUGAGGCUUCAGUCUGAAAUUGACAUGGUCAAAGCACAGAGAAACAACUUGGAGGCUCAGAUAGCUGAGGCUGAGGAGCGGGGGGAGCUGGCAGUGAAGGAUGCCAAGCUGCGUCUCAGAGACCUGGAGGAAGCCCUACAGAGAGCCAAACAGGACAUGGCCCUGCAGGUCCGCCAGUACCAAGAACUGAUGAAUGUGAAGCUGGCUCUGGAUAUUGAAAUAGCCACUUAUAAAAAACUGCUGGAAGGAGAGGAGAUCAGGCUAGCAACAGGAAUCAAAACCAGUGUGUCUAAGCAGACUUCCUAUAACUAUAAUGCCUUCAACCUGGAGACGUCCCGUAUUCCAUCAUAUGUCAGCUCUUCCUAUGAUGCAAUCAAGUCCAGCAGUGGUUCAGUCUCCACCCUUGAAGGCGGGGAUGUGAAGACCACCACAGUGACCACAACCGAAACUGUGGUGAGCAAGACUGAGGAAAACAAGGAGGAGGAAAAUCAUAUAGUAACCGAGGAACUCCCCGCUACAGAGAAGAAAGAGGAGGAGGAGGAGAAGGCAGAAGCUGAAGCUGAAUAAUUAUGUGAUUCCUUCCUGAUAACUAAAAAUAAAGCACAUCUUCCCAA